CCGAACCCAUGAAAGGUGCAUCAAAGCACUUACAAUUGUUGCGACCAACAACCUCGCAUUGUUGUUCAUACAGAUACAGUACUACCUCAUCUCUCGUAUCACCACGCUAUGUGUCCACAGAGACAGAGUCACUACUCAACCUCUGUUACCAAAGGGAUCUUCCCAGAGCCAUCCACGUCUUGGAUGCCAUGGAAAGACGCGGCAUCUGGGCCGAUGCCAUCACCUAUUCCGAGCUCAUCAAGUGUUGUUUGGCUCACGGGGCCGUCAGGGAAGGCAAGCGCGUUCACCACCACAUUUUCUCAAAUGGGUAUCACCCAAAAACCUUUCUUACCAACAUUCUCAUCAACAUGUAUGUCAAAUUCAACCUCUUGGAAGAAGCACAGGUGCUGUUCGAUAGAAUGCCCGAACGAAAUGUUGUGUCGUGGACGACUAUGAUAUCUGCUUACUCUAACGCCAGGCUCAGUGACAGGGCCAUGAGGCUUUUGGUUUUCAUGUUUAGGGAUGGUGUCAUGCCUAACAUGUUCACUUUCUCUUCUGUUUUGAGGUCGUGUGAGAGGUUAUCAGUUCUCAAACAGCUGCAUUCUUGGAUAGUGAAAGUGGGGUUGGAGUCUGAUGUCUUUGUUCGCAGUGCUCUUAUUGAUGUUUACUCGAAAUUGGGGGAGUUGUUGGAGGCUCUGAAUGUUUUUCGUGAGAUGGUGACUGGAGAUUCUGUGGUCUGGAACUCCAUUAUUGCUGCUUUUGCUCAGCACAGUGAUGGGGAUGAGGCUUUACACCUCUACAAGAGAAUGCGGAGAGAAGGCUUUCCGGCUGAUCAGUCAACGCUUACGAGUGUUUUGAGAGCAUGUACUAGUUUGUCGUUGUUGGAGUUGGGGAGGCAGGCCCAUGUCCAUGUGCUGAAGUUUGACCAGGAUCUUAUCCUCAACAAUGCCCUUUUAGAUAUGUAUUGUAAGUGUGGUAGUUUGGAGGAUGCAAAGUUCAUUUUCGGUCGGAUGGCAAAAAAGGAUGUGAUCUCUUGGAGCACUAUGAUUGCUGGGUUAGCCCAAAAUGGUUUUAGUAUGGAAGCAAUCAAUUUAUUUGAGUCCAUGAAAGUGCAGGGUCCAAAACCAAACCAUAUUACAGUUCUUGGAGUUCUGUUUGCGUGUAGUCAUGCAGGGCUAGUAAAUGAAGGUUGGAACUAUUUCCGAUCCAUGAAGAACCUAUAUGGGGCAGAUCCUGGAAGAGAACACUAUGGUUGCAUGCUUGAUCUUCUUGGAAGAGCUGGAAAGCUUGAUGACAUGGUUAAGUUAAUUCAUGAAAUGAAUUGUGAGCCAGAUGUUGUCACGUGGAGGACUUUGCUCGAUGCUUGCAGGGCCCGUCAGAAUGUGGAUUUAGCCACGUAUGCUGCUAAGGAGAUUCUAAAGUUGGAUCCUCGGGACACAGGAGCCUAUGUGUUGUUAUCUAAUAUUUAUGCAAUUUCAAAAAGGUGGAAUGAUGUUGCAAAAGUUCGGAGGGCUAUGAAAACAAGGGGCAUAAGGAAAGAACCUGGAUGUAGCUGGAUUGAAGUCAAUAAGCAAAUACAUGCUUUUAUUUUGGGAGAUAAAUCACAUCCUCAAAUAGAUGAGAUCAAUAGACAAUUGAAUCAAUUUAUUUGUAGACUAACUGGCGCUGGUUAUGUUCCUGACACAAAUUUUGUACUGCAAGAUCUUGAAGGGGAACAGAGAGAAGACUCUCUUCGAUACCACAGUGAGAAACUGGCAAUUGUUUUUGGUAUCAUGAACUCUCCGAAGGAGAAAACUAUUAGAAUAUGGAAGAACCUAAAGAUCUGUGGCGAUUGUCAUAUAUUUGCAAAACUUAUAGCAAAGUUAGAGCAGCGGCAUAUUGUAAUUAGAGACCCUAUUCGAUACCAUCAUUUUCGAGAUGGGGUCUGCUCCUGUGGCGACUAUUGGUAGCAAAUGAGAGGCACCAAGACCAAGACAGAAUCUGACUACUUUUGGGCUCAAAGCAGCACACUUAAAUCUACAAUCAGCUGAUAUUUAUAGGAGAAUAAGUUUGCAGCAAUAAAAUUGCUGUUAGUUAAUAUGUCAGACAAGUUGAGUAAGAUUAUUCUUUCUAUCAGCUGAUAUUUACUGGAGAAUAAUGUUUGCAGCAGUAGCAUUGCUGUUAGUUGAUAUGUCAGUCAGUUAAAUAUAAGAGAAGUCAAGUCUCCAGCACUUCAUCCAGUUUUCUAUGUGCCCCAGCCUCAGCUCUUUUUACCCCAGUAACUCUGUAACCUCUCCCAUUUUCUACUUCCCAAUAUUUGGGCAAGAAAGAAAUGGAAAGAUGGUCUUGGAUGCAUAAUGGGAUUUUUGCUAGCAAAUUCACUCCUGCAACACAAGAAAGUUUGUUGUAUAACAUGGGAUCUGAAGAUGACUCAAAUGUGAGAUUCUGAUGAUGCUUUGGGGACGUUGCCUUUUGGAGCUUUUGAUGGUGCCUGAAGCAAAACCUGAUUGCAGCUGGUGCGUUGGUGAAGGGAAACGAGCAGAAAGCGAGGUUGCUGGGUUGAACAUGCUCCUUGAUUGCUGGUUUUAGCAAAAAGCAUUGUCCAAAGGGUUUUGUUGACACAAAAAGACUUCAUGGGCAUAAGUUUGGCAAUGCCUAUAUUUUAAAAGCUAAAAACCUAUUUUAGUCCCUUAUAAUAAUUAUUUAUUUCAAUUUAGUCCCA